CCACCAUUGAUCCUUAAAGUCACCUCCUCAUGUUACCGAGACGACACUAACCUCAUUUCUCCUCUGAGAUCGAACCUCGAUGAAAGCGCAAUAUGCUAUCCUGGGGUUGUGGGCAUCGCUAGUUGUCGCAGCAGCCCUCCCCGCCUCCAUCCAAGACACCGACAACACAAUCUCCCGACAGACCUUUGAGGAAUUGGAAGAACUCGCCAGAAUUGUUGACAUCUCAUACUGCGUUGGCACCAGUGGCAUACAAAGACCCUUCAAAUGCCUGAGUCGGUGUAGCGACUUUGAGGGUUUCGAGUUGGUCACAACUUGGAACACGGGACCGCGACUCUCUGAUUCAUGCGGCUACAUUGCCUUGUCGCAUGAGCCCUACACCAAACGAGUCAUUGUCGCAUUCCGUGGCACCUAUUCCAUUGCAAACACCAUCGCCGAUUUGUCUACAAACCCUGCUGAAUACGCCCCAUUUCCAUCAGAACAUGACAACGAUGAUGUUUGCGCCUCAGUUGAACCGGUCAACGACAAAGAACAUGUCCUGCCACAGCUGCUAAAACAAUCUCGCAAGAGAGAUGCAGUUCCCGAAUGCAAGAACUGCACGGUUCACUCGGGUUUCAUGACCUCCUGGCGUAACACCAGAUGCACUAUUGUCCCUCAUGUGGAGAAGGCGUUGAAUGACUACCCUGGUUAUGAAUUGGUUCUUGUCGGACAUUCUCUAGGCGGUGCAGUCGCCGCACUGGCCGCUCUUGAGUUCCAGGCUCGUGGAUGGACUCCUCAUGUCACAACAUUUGGCGAGCCAAGAUUGGGCAAUAUUGCCCUGAAUCAGUUUAUCGAUAGUCGUUUCAACUUGAACGACACAGACAAGGACAAGUCACUCUACAGGAGAGUCACGCAUGUUGAUGACCCAGUGCCGCUACUCCCUCUGGAAGAAUGGGGGUACAGGAUGCAUGCAGGCGAGGUUUACAUCUCCAAACCCUCGCUGCCUCCCUCUCGUUCCGACAUCCACCACUGCAACGGCGACGAAGAUCCUGCCUGCAUUGCCGAGACCAGCACUGACACAGACGACAUGCACCAUGAUGAGGAGACGCAACCCGAUGAGGACCAAGUCCGAGCCUUAUGGGGCAUUGGUCGGCGGUAUAAGCUCUGGGAGCUGUUCUUUGCUCAUCGUGACUACUUCUGGAGGCUAGGCCUCUGUGUUCCAGGCGGUGAUCCGUGGGAUUGGUCACGAGGGAAAUACAAUAUCAGCAACGCAAACGAUGAACCAUGAUUAUGGAGAGAUGGCAUUGGUUUGGAAACAGACUGCUCACGACGAAUGACUUUUGUUUGGAAUAGCGCUGGCGUUUCAGAGUCACUGUACGGAUUGGAACGGAAAACGUAAUGGUUCUUUGGGUCCUUGCCCUCAUAGCCUUUUACAAAAAUGUAGUAUAUCACAUUCACCUGCUAUAUUCAUACUACCAUCACAUCGAUUACCUAGGUGUUAUCAAUUUGCAGUCAAUCAGCCUCUUCGCCCCUAAUACUGAUCGACAUCAUCAUCUUCCUGG